AUGCCUCGACUCCACCAAGCUUCGUGCCACCGUUCGGGUCUUCUUCAACGAUUCGACCUCCGCAUUGCCCCCGAGCCGCCCAACCAUGUGGGGCGUCCCCGCUUCACCGACGACGGCCCCCCCGGUGGCCACCCGGGUCCUCAGGACGACUACCACGGACGCCACCACCCCCGCAUCGACCGCUCUGAUGAGGAGGACGGGUCGGAGGACAGCCCCUCCCGCUCUCCCUCGCCGCUUCCCCCGCCUUCCUCCUCGACCCAGGGUGGGCGACAGGCCGGGCAGUCCCUCGCUGCGCUGCCAGAGGGGCUGCUCCCGCCCCCUUCGUUGCCCCCCACCGGGGAGACCGAGGCGAGCGAUACGUCCAGUGUGGGGCUCGUGGUCAUCCCGGCUACCUCUCUGCGUUCGCCGGCCGCCCAGCUUGUGUCUUCCUCCUCCGCCCGGCCGCCCGCAUCGCCUGUCAAGGACGCCCUCCCCGUCCAGCCGGCCAGGCCGCUCCCUGGUCUCCUCUGCGCCUCAGGUUCCUUGCCGACUCCUGCGGCCAUCGACGCGCUGACAUCGUCACCUCCGCCCGCGACUCCCUCGGCUCCCCCCGCCAAGGACCUGCCCCCGCCACCACCCGACCCGCAGGCCGUGACCCUGCUUCUUCAGGCACCGAGGGCUUGGGCCACCCUGGAGCGAGGUCGGACUAAAUUUUUUAGUAAACUUAGCAGUAGCGGGCAUUGUGAGAAGGCGCUACUGCUAUGA